ACAGUGCAUCUUGGAGCUUGUUGGUGAAUCGUCGAGGAUUAAAUAAUCAUUAAGGCUCAAGAGCACCACUGAGGUGGUAGUCCUAGCUAGCUGGUAGUAUCAGGCCAAGUGAAAGCUCAAUUCAUACGAGACCCGAACCCCACCCGGCACGUCAACGCAUUUUCCACCAACGUUUUGCGCGUAGAGCAUGCGCUCUCUGCCCACGUGCCUAGCUUCCUUCCUCUCAGCCGCUUUAAUUACGACGAUGCUUUCUCUCGUGCUCCUGACCGCAGCUCGACGCGGUACGACCGCGGCUGCCCUGAAUAAACCUUCACGCACAACUGCCUUUUUCCCUACUAUCGCGCGGUACUUCUACAACAUUCCGCAACCGUCGUGUCCAUUUCCUGUACAUGGACCCCCUGGGACAACUUCCUCCUUCCAAUCUCACCGGCGCCAGGGCAGGUUUCAGGUCCUAGCCUCCGUCAAGGUUCCUCAAGAUGUAGCGCGAGGAAAAAGUACAUUGUCUACCUCCUCCCUGUCGGGGGUCUCACCAGCAGCACCAGCCAUUGUAAGAGUCUUGGACGACGGGAUCAAAAAGCCUGCACGAGACGACCGGCAGUACAGGAUGAUCUGGCUCAAGAACGGAAUGCAGGUCCUCCUUACCUCGGACCCAACGACGGACGUCGCUUCCGCUUCGAUGAACAUCCAUGCGGGCCACUUCCAAGACCCGGAGGCCUUCGCCGGGCUGGCGCAUUUCCACGAGCACAUGCUCUUCUUGGGUACGGACCGCUACCCAAAGGAGGGGGAAUACGAACAGUUUUUGAACCAGAACGGCGGGAGCAGUAACGCCUACACUGCUAUGGAGGACACCAAUUAUUACUUCUCGAUCAAAUGGGAGGAAUUGCAGGGUGCCUUGGACCGAUUCUCGGCGUUUUUCACCUGUCCGCGUUUCGACAACGCCUCCACCGAGAGGGAAAUGAAAGCGGUGGAUUCCGAGCACACCAAUAAUCUGCAGGAUGAUGGAUGGCGUCUCUUCCAGCUGCAGAAGUCCACCGCCCACCCCGAGCAUCCUUUCCACAAGUUUGGAUCAGGGAACCUGAGGACGCUUCUUCCCCCCCAAGGUAACGUGCCGCCUUGUCCGUCUUCCUCCUCCCUUCCACCCCUCCCCUCGCCCGCCCAGGAAGAGGCAGGACUGACGCACACCUACCAAAAGGGUGGGAUGGAGGCAACGCGCGAAGCCCUCCUUGCUUUCCAUACCACGUACUACUCGGCGGACAUCAUGAAGCUCGCCAUUGUCGGCCGGGAGGAUUUGGACACGUUGCAGAACGACCGGGCAGCCCUCGCAUUUCCCAUACCCGGUGGAAGCCUGGGAUCCGAGCAGGUCAGAGGGGAGGAGGCGGGGAGGGAGGGCGAGGAAGACGGAGGAAGGAGGUUCACGGUUUGGGAGGGCGCAAUUCUGAAGCGUCAAGGGAGGUUCAUCUCCAUGUUUGGAAAGUGCGAUAAGCCGAAACUGAUCCGCAAGGCUCGGGACCCGGCUGGACGUGGUGCCGGUGAGGGAAAUGCGCCGGCUCUCAUUGGCCUGGCCCCUGCCCCACAAUUGGGAGAAGCAACUGGCACUUCAGCACGCUCUCAAGCCGCCCUCGUUCCCUUCCUCCCUUCCCUUCCCCGCCAGUCCUCAAAGCCGGCCCGCUACCUCGCCCAUCUACUCGGUCACGAGGGGAAAGGCUCCCUCCACUCCUACCUGAACUCCCAGGGGUGGAUCGAGAGCCUCUCUGCUGGAUCCUCCGUGAAGACUGCGGACAUGGAUAUGUUCAAGGUUAGCCUCUCCUUGACGCAAGCGGGGAUGGAGCACAUCGAGGAGAUCGUUGGCCUCGUGUAUCAGUACCUGAAGCUCCUGCGCUCGUCACCAGUCGACCGGAAAGUCUUUGAGGAGCUGAAGACGAUGAGCGAAAUAAAAUUCUUGUUCCGCGAGAAGGAAAACGCCGUCGACUUUGCCAGCGGCAUCUCUUCCAUGAUGCACGAGUACCCCCCCGAGAACAUCCUCUGGGGACCCUACGCCCUGGAUUGGGACGAGCAGGCCGUGAGAGACUACCUCUCGCUCCUCACUCCAGAGCGUAUGCACUUGACCGUCGUAUCUAAGGCAUUCGAAGAGGAGGCGCAGAAGGAGGCAUGGGCCAAGGAGAAAUGGUACGGGACAUUGCACAAAUUGGAAAAACUGCCUGAGGCAAAAGUAGCCGCCUGGUCGAAUCCGCCAGAAAUUCAUCCAAUGCUCAGCCUUCCUUCUCCCAAUGAGUUCCUCCCCACGGACUUCUCGCUCAUAUGCGAGCAGCCCGCAUACAAGAGCCUCGCCCCGGACGACCCCGUCCAUCCCUUUCCCCCCUCUCUCCUCUUUCCUUCCUCCGCGCAAGCCUUGCCUGCUUCCCUGCCUGCUUCCUCCCCUGAACGGGGGGUGAAGGUCUUCCACAAGCUCGACACAACAUUCAAAGUACCCAAGGUCCAAUUUUUUGCGCAUCUGCUCAGCCGACAGAUCUACUCCUCUCCUCCCUCGGUGGUCCUCCACCGUUUGUACAACAUGCUCCUGCGUGAUGAACUCAACGAAUUCGCCUACGAAGCCGCCAUGGCCGGCCUGUCUUAUUCUGUGACUACUCGCACCACUGGCUUGAGCGUCAAGGUGUCUGGCUACUCGCACAAGCUCCCCGUGCUCCUCGAGAAAGUGGCGGGCAAAGCCAAAGGUUUGCUGCAGGAGAUCAAAGACAAAGGCGCGAACGACCCGGAGAUUCAGCAGAAGUUCAACAAGCACCGCCUCACCCUUCUACGAGAGUACAUGAAUUUUGAUCGAGAAGCACCGUACGAGCGCGCUCUGUACAAUACACGUCAAGUUUUAGACGGCCAGGCUUGGCACCUUGCCCAGUACAUCCAAGUCCUCAACGACCACUCCACUUGCAACGUGCAGGCGAUGACUGACGUUGUCGAGGAGGGCAUGGCUCGUCUGGAUUGCGAUGCCUAUGCGCACGGGAACGUGAACGCUGAGGAGGCUCUGAGUUAUUUCCAAACCCUCAAAGAUUCCUGGGGAUUUUCUCCCCUCUACGACGGAGAGCAGCCAGAGGAGAGGGCGGUGAUGCUACACGCCAAUAGCACAUUGAUUUAUCAGACACCCGGCCCGAAUCCGGAGGAGGACAACAGCGCCACCGAGGUUUACAUUCAGUGUGGACCGACGCACUUGAGUGGAGGGGACACAAAAUCCGACGUCAUCCUGGACGUACUUUCCCAUAUGGCCUCUACAAGUGCCUAUCAAAGACUGCGAACGGAGCAGCAGCUUGGUUACAUAGUGUUUGCCUUCCUGCGCCGCCUGAACGGGGGCCAGGGGUUGAGUGUGGUGGUCCAGUCGCCCUCCGCCUCGCCGCCCCAGUUGGAUGGCUUCAUUGAGGACUGGAUGGCCGAUUUCCGUGAGAAGGAGCUGGGGACACUCUCGGACGAAGAUUUUGAGUCGCAUCUGUUGGCGGUGGAGUCCAUGAAGCUCGAGAAGGACAAGAGGCUGAGCGAGGAGGCUUACCGGCACUGGGCUCAGAUUGUCGAACGUCGUUAUGACUUCUACCGAGAGAAGAGAGAGGUUGCCGUUCUCCGCACGCUCACCAAAGAAGACUUGCUGUCUUUCUGGGAUACCCACAUCUCCGUGGCCACUGCCCCCGCCCGGAGAAAGCUGGCGGUGUACGUCCAUUCCUCCAAGCAUGCCAGCGACACAUGCCGUCCUGAUGUGUCGGAGACGGGGAAAGGCGUGAUACUGGUGGAGUCGAUGGAAGCCUUGCGGAAGCUGAAGCGGGGCUUGAGCUUAUUUCCGGCGCCGGGAGAGGUGGAGUGGGAAGGACGCGGGUGAGGAGAAAGGAAGGUGUUGUUGGAUGAAAAAAGAAAACUUGACGAGAUCUUGUGUGUUUAGACUAGCGAGUAGUAUAUUGCGCAAAGCUUGUCAGAAUGUAAGAAAGUAAAAGAUGCAAGGUGAAGAAUGAUGACGCUUGAUGCGUGUUCAUGUAAUGAACAUUUCCUCUUGUAUCAAGGUUGUCGAAGUGUUGCGUGAUUUGGGAAAAAAAUCACAAAAAUACAGAAAAAAAUGAGGUACUGAAGCCUCUCUAGCGAAAAAGUAACGCCAACCCGAGAUAAGAAUAAAGGUGGCGCAUGGUCCUUGAAAG